GUGAGAUGGGCGCUUACUGGGUCCUACUCGCUAAGUUCACUUCGUGAUCAUGAGUCGAAAGUCGAAGUGGAGAAGGUUAGAUUACUAGUGCUGUGGUCCCCAGUGUUUUUAAUCCGUCUACUUUGAUUCGGGGCAGUCAUCGCUUGCUCCGUAUUCUGUAUUGACACUAAGCCGCGGGUAAGCAAUAGGACCGCUUUCCCCAACUUCCACCGGCAUACACUCGUUUUUCCUUUCUCCGCUUUUCCAUUUUAUCAAUAUCUCGAUUUUUUGCUAUCACCACCAAAUUCGGAUUGGUUACGCACAGAUUCCAUUUCUAGUUGGACUAAGCGAUCUAGUGUCGUUUGACAGCACGAACUAGCUCAUAUUCCUUGUGUUCCCAUUGCCCUGUGUGGUGGGGUGAAUUGAGGUUCAAUUUCUGCAAAGUCCUCUGCCGGCAAAUGAUACAUCUCGAUUGCAACAUCUGACGAUGGACAUGUGUCCAGAACAAUCUAGUGCACUGCUAUUUAGACGAUCAUGAGCAGCGACAUGCGCCAAGCCUCCGGGAGCAGCAAAGCCAAACGACGAUUGAUUGACGCCGACGACGAUAAUAGACCGAAUAAUGCUGCAGAUGAGCAUGCCUCUAAUCCCAAGAGACAGCGGGUGUCGCGCGCCUGCGACAGCUGUCGUUCGAAAAAGGAUAAAUGCGAUGGGGUCCAACCAGUGUGUUCAACCUGCGCUUCGCUAUCCAGGCCCUGCACUUACAAGGCCAAUCCCAAAAAGAGGGGCUUACCAACCGGGUAUAUUCGCACACUCGAAUUGCUAUGGGGUCUUGUGUUCUGCAAAAUAAAGGGUAGUGAGGAUGUGGUUCGUGCGUUGUUGAAGGCAGCUAAUAUGCCAAGUCAUUUAUCUACUAUGGGCAAAGAGGCUGAGGGAUCCGACACACUUCUCUUCUCGUGGAAAAAUAGUGCUGUGCUUAGAGAUGUUGAGCGGAUGUUGACCAUGUUAGAGCAGCCGGAGGACGAGCAAGAUAAAGAGCUACGAGCACCUGGAGAUAGUGAUUCUCCUCAGGAUGCUGAAGGUAGUAGUGUGCUCUCUUCCGAUACCCUCGAGUGGUAUAUGCCUGAAGGGCUAGGAGAUGGAAGGGAGAGUUCGUUGACCGCAGGGCCAUCCCCCGUCAAAACACCUACAAUUGGAUCAAUCGCCAAAAGCAAUCUGACACGCAAUACCCGAGACUCCGGCACUCAAACACCCUUCCCGAAUGACGCGGUAGAAGAUCCAAGAAUAUUAGCCACUCAUCCACCAUCGCUGCCUCACCCCAUCCUCCAUUCCUCUGGGAGUACUUCAAAAUACCCACCUCGCCUCCCCUCUAAUGCUUGGGCAUUGAUUGACAUAUACUUUACAUAUACACAGUGUUGGUUUCCAAUACUCGAAAAACAUGAUAUCCUUCGGACUGCAUUUCGUCACUCUGAGGGUGACACCCCCGUUUCGGCUACGUCUGCUGGCUCUGGCAAUCAUGCGGCACUAUGGGCAGUUUUAGCCCUUGCAUCUAUUCAAGAGGCUUCGAUUACCGCGACCCGUCAACUGCCGCAAGCUUCUAGCGACCGGCCAAAUCCUAGACAGCUGUACACAACAGCCAAAAGUCUAAUUCCUGGAGAAGAAGGUGCCUAUGAUAUUGGUCAUGUCCAAGCAUUGCUGAUCUUGUCACUUAUCAAACUUGGUCAACAAGAGUGGGCAGCUGCAUGGGUGCUUGUAGGACAGGCCGUUCGCAUUUCACAGUGUCUGAGGCUGGAUCGCCCUCCCAGCACCCAAUCUAUUAAUGGAGAUGGGGUAAAGAGCUCUGGGCGAGCAAAGCAUGUGUUUUUAGGCUGCUUUGUACUUGAGACUAUGGUUGCGAUGCAAACUGACCAAAUCCCGUCAUUGCGCAAGAGUGAUCUGAUGAAGAUUGGCCCAAUUAAUGAGGAUGGUCUGGAAGAAUGGCAUCCUUGGGAAGAUCAAACUGGCCUUCGUCCGGUGGAGUCAUCACGAGGCAAUUUCCAUCGCGGACCGCUCCACGCAUUGAGUACUUUUAACCGACUUAUCUCAUUGAUAUGCAUUUUGAACGAUUUGUGCUGUUUCAAGCAAUCUAUGACUAGCUCUGCCUCUCAGUUGGAGGUGUUGGAACGCCAACUACAAAUUUGGAUCUCGGCUCUUCCCAAGAGUUAUCGUGUUGAUGUGCAAGCGAACUCAGCGAAGCCAGCUUCACCUCACAUCUUUGCACUCGAGAUGAUGUAUGAAGGUGUCGUUGCUACUCUGAGUUUGCAAUUCGCAAUCCAGAAAAGCGACGCCAACGUACAAGAGGCGAUACACAAGGGGCGCGCGACAGAAAGCUCAAAAAGACUACUAUUAUUACUUCAAACGUAUAUGGAGACUUACAGUCUCUCUGCAACUUUCCCUACCUUUGGUACGGUCCUCUCGCUUAGCGCGCCCCAGGAGAUCGAAACACAUAAUUCAUCUCUAUUGUUUGAUCUUGAUUCUGGCCUAAAGCAGAAAUUACGAUCAUUUGUCUCCCAUCUCGCGACUGUGUGGCAUGUUCAAGAGAAGAACAUGUCAGAUGUACGUUUAACAACAAUGACACCAAGUGUGUCCUCAAUAUCCGCAACCCAGCGACCACGAAGCCUGACAAAUCCAACCUCGGUCGAUCAGAAUUCUUUCCACCUUUCCGAAAUACCAAUCCCGGGAAAUGUAACAAGGAGAGCUGGGGCAAUAGACAGUACGCACCUAGACAUUGGUGCAGCUGAUGCACUUCUUUCGAACUCUUGGAUGCGACCGGCAUCAAAUGCUGAGGAUAAUGCAGCAUUGUCUUUACCAACCCCUGCCUCAUCGGUGAAUAUUAACCGGGGAGUAACAGAAACGUUACAGCAAGCCUCUCAACCGAGGGAGCCUACUUCUCAUAGGCAACACGCCUCAAUAUCUUCAUCCACAAGGCCGAUAAACGGAGCGGCUUCGUUACCGGACUUGAAUUCAUUUCAGCCUUUACAAUAUCAAACUCCAUACAGUGAACAGAAUAAUAACAUUGGCUCCUUUCUUGACAUUGACAGUUACGGGUCUCUCCACCGACCGCGGAUUGCUCCUGAUCUCGAUGCAUUGUUUGAUGAAUUAGCAUCGUUGGAUGGUACCGAAAAGUGAGUAGCCCUGAUACUCGUUAUACAUAUAAAUCGCUGACAUGUGGACUGCAGCGCGGAUAAUCAGCCAGAGUUCAUGCAAAAUUUAGGAUUUGUUCCAGACGCGGGAAUCCCGGAACUAUACUCAUAUUCGAGUCAAGUAGAGCCUUUUCUUCUGGCCCAGACACAGCAAAUACCAAUGCCCGACCCUCCGGGGGCUGCUACCACAGGAGUCUCAACUGGUAAUUGAGCCACAAACUUGAUGGUGGGUAAUACCAAGUGAACCUCAGGGUAAGCUCAGAAGGCCUUGAGACCUUGAGUAUUCUGGCUUGCUCAUUUGUUAGACAUGCCCCGCUGGUGGCAUUUGAUUCAAAGCACCAUCUCAUGGGCUGGUCCUUGUAGUGCGAUAGCUACCCAGCAAAGGGCUAUGAAGAGUUUAUGCAUAGCUUUUUUACCUUAGUUCUAAUUCUUCGAUUGUAUAUAUUAAGGCGUAUAUAAUUUUUCAUUGGUGCAUAGUGACA